AUGGCUGUGACGCUCGGAACAACAUUGACGAAUUGUGCAACGCCCUGGCCGGAUGAAGACGCUAUGUCAGCAAGUCGGUUAACAUCAUUGGCUGAGGAUGUUACACGAUCUAUGCUCAUGUCUAACUUACAACCUCAGGAGUUUUUUAGCCUCCAAGAGACUCAAUAUGGAAUUGUCAAGUCUGAACUCCAGGCUAGCGUGGCCCAGUGCCGCAACCUUCAGCAAUACUUGGACAAGAUUUCUGUGCCCGACACUCUUUGCACGGCAGUCAGAGAGCUCAAUCAAGCCCUGAUCAGCGCAAUCGACUACGCGACGCAUUCUGGAUGUAAGAUCUACGACUUGAUGGGCAGCCCUGGCGCUCACGAAAAGGCAGUCCUGACAUACCGGGCGCUUGUUUGCAGCAUCUCCAACUUGAAUGAGAGUCUCAGCUGUUACGAUGCCGAAGACUGGCAUGGACUGAACAAAGAGCAGAAGGGUGAUGUUCUCAGAGCCGGCAUGGACCCAAAUGCCCUCAUCGAUAUCUUCCGCAGCCUCAGCGAUCAGCUCAAGUUGUGGGUCUGCUACGUCGAUGUCAGGGAUUUUGCAGGGUUGGACAGAAUGGAGGCCCUGAUACAUCGGGAUGCUCGCGACAUAGUGUUCGUCGCCGGCAGGGUCCAAGAGGCUGCCAGCAUCCACACACCCUCGAGUGACCCCAGGCGUGAGUUCCAGAACCCAGUCAUUCUUCUUCCCUCCGUCUUCCGCAGGAUCGACACGCAGGGCAACGGCCACGGCUCUACGGCAGAGCAGUUCCCCAAUAGACUUGAUCGGAGGGCGCCCGUUGGACUCUUGUCGCCCCUGGACAUGAUCUCUCCCGACAACCUCGACAGGGUCUCUCGUGACCUCAUUCAGUUUUUCGAGCGCAUGCCCAACGAGGACGGCAAUGGCACGACCCUGCAAUACAUUCUCGAUCUCAUUACCCACAAUGCCCGUACAUCAUCCAGCCUCGCGCGCAUCGGCCUCUAUGCACGCCUGUGCCAGACUCUCCGCCGCGACUGCGGAAGCUACUUGAUCUACAUGGAGACUGGGGAGGUGAUGGACGGGCAUGACUUUAUUAUCCAGGCUUUGUCGAACAUGUGUGACAGGGUGAUGAAUUCGAUCACAGCUGGCCAAUGUCACCUCGCCAUCUGCUUCCGCUGGCUUCGUUUCGUCAGCGAGCUUUACGAUCUCGACCUCCUCCCAGAUGUGACGGUCCUCCAAUGCAUCGAAAUCUUUGUCAACUGGCGCAACCAUCUCGUGCCCCCUAGCCUCCAUCAUCUCGCGUGUCUCUACCAGCUGCUGUGGUUCACUGGAAAGAAACUGGACGCCACCGAGGCGGGCCGCGAAGCCAUGUCCAGAUACUUCAGGCACAUCGACACCCUCUCUGCGUGGCCGAAGCUGCUACCUGCAGCUAGUUCUCUCCUGUUGCACCUGAUCUUCAUGAGAGAGAACGAGUGGGGCCUGGGCAGGGUUGAGCGCUCCCUCGAUCAGAACUUGACUUACAUUAUCACGGCAAUCGACCUCGGGGAGUCUUCGACGGUCUAA